UGCUGAAGUUAAAACAGACCAGUCAAGAGGACAGUUCUGCUGGAAGAAUCGACCGGGUCAACCUCACACUCAAAGUGACCAAUCCCGUCACCAAGGCAAGCACACCCAGCCGACACAGAAAGGACAUGACUGCCGCCUCAUCUAUGUCAUCUCUAGCUUCCUCCUCCUCCUCCAGCGGUUCCUCACAUUCAGACUCGGCUUCCUCUGGAGCUCGACACAACUACUACAGAGACAACUUGUCCGUAGGGAGGGCAUCCUGGAGGUCUGAGGCAAGCCUGACACCUCAGCGCAUGCACCAUAACAUUCCUCAUCGAUUCGCAACAGGCUUGAACACACGGGCAACAAAAUGUGGCUUGUGUCUGGGCACUGUUCACUUUGUGAGGCAGGCAUCCAAGUGUCAGGAAUGCAGCUUGGUUGUACACCCCAAGUGUGCAUCAUCAGUCCCCGCCACAUGUGGACUUCCCACAGAAUAUGUCCGCCAUUUUGCCUUAAUGAUGAGCCGCAUCUACAGAGACGGCCGGGAGAGGGAGUCUGAAAUUGACAGUUCUGCUGUCAAAAUGGAGGGCUGGUUGAAAGUUCCCAGGCAAGGGAAGUCAGGCUGGGAGAACCGCUACUGCGUGUUAGAGGGAACCUGGCUGUCCUUGUACUUGAGCGAUGCUGAUGCUAACCCAGUGGACAGCUUUGACCUCAACCCCAUGGAUGCGGACGUCAGUGUACACAGCGCUGUCACAUCGGCAGAACUGACCAACACAGCAUCUUCUGACCUCCAUCACAUCCUUCGCCUAGACCAGGAUCCCAUGACGACUUGCUGGCCUGGACGCUACCUCUACUUGAUGGCCACCAACUUCCAGGAAAAGCAGAGAUGGGUGGCUUCCCUGGAGGCCGUAGUCAAGAGUGUCCAGUGCAAGAAUCACCUCUAUCAUAAUAAGAGCCAGAUGUUAACAGUUCUCUCACUCAAGGAUGGGGACCAGAGGGAGUUUAACUGUUCAUUGGUCAUCUCCCCUCAGCUUGUGUUACUGGGAACCGAAGAUGGGUUGUAUGCAAUGAACCCUGAAGCUCUGACUUCCAAAAACAGCAGACUUGUUCAACUCACAGGCUUUGGCAGCGUGCAUCAGAUGGCUCUGGCUAAAGGAGUGGACCUAAUUCUUAUACUGACUGGCCCUGAACGACGAUUGGUCAUGCUGGAGAAUAAACUGGUCAAGUGUCGUAUGAGUCAGACCCUCGGAGGAGAGACUGUCCCUUUCUCAUUCCGGAUGGUGGAGGGUCUGCAAGCUUGCACAGUGUUCGAUGUGGGCUUGUGGAACCAUGCCAGCUACCUGUGUGUGGGGACCCCAACCAAGCUGUACCUCAUGAAGUACAACACAAAUCUAUCCAUGUACUGUGUGAGAAAGGAGUUUCCCAGCUCGGAGCCCUGCAGCUGUGUCUGUAUAGCAGAGAAUUAUGCCAUAGUGGGCACUGAGCGCUUCUACAAGAUCAAUCUAGAGCACCCGAGCCUGCUGGACUUUGUUGACAGACAGGACAGUUCUCUGGCUUUUGCAGCAUUUGGUGCAGCUAACCACAGUAGCUUCCCCUUGGCUGUUGUACGUACAUCCCAAGAUAAUGCAUCUUUAGAGUUUCUCUUGUGUUUUCAUGAGUUUGGAGUAUUUGUUGAUCAUCAUGGGCAGAGAAGCCGGGCAACAGAUGUUAAAUGGAGUGGUUUGCCCCUUGCUUUUGCCUUUGUGGAACCAUUCCUAUAUGUAACCUACACAAAUACGGUGCAGGCUACAGUCGUGCCUACGGACAGAACUCUGGCUAGGGGCCGACAAACAAUAUUAGACAUCCAGUCCCCUCGUUAUCUGGGUCCAGCCCCUUCAUACGGGUGUGUUUAUAUAAGUAGUACUGACACCAGCAUUAAUGUGACAGAAGUGAUCUGUGUUCGAGGACAGGAAGAUUUCUCUAAAGACUACCCACAUGAUAAAGAGAAUGUUGACAGUACAAAGAAGGCAGGAAGUCAUCAAGUUCGUUUCACAAGUCCCAUCAGGACUCCCAAGGUUACUCAGCUGCGACGCCGGGGAUCUUUAACCUCUUUAACCAGCAACUCCAGCGGCAGCACAUUUGCCAGUGUGGAAUCUGGGGUCUAG